AUGACCAUCGAAGCCCUCUCCUCCAACGUGGUGAACUAUCUCGUGUGGAGAUACCUCCAGGAAGCCGGAUACGGUAACGCCGCCCUCCAUCUCUCGCGCUGCUGGGCCCGCGAUCCCGAGGCGCUGCCCUUUGCGAAGAGCGUCGCUCCGCACACGCUCAUCAACCUCCUGCAAGAUGGCCUGUGGUUUGACAAACUGCAAGCAGAGGCCGGCAAUGGCGAGCAGCGCUACCAGUUCGGCCGCGACCACGGACGACCCUACUCUGUGCGCAACGGCACUCUCCUGACCCUCGACCAAGGCAUCCCCGCCCACGAGCUCGCCGAGCAGGCCAACGGCGCAGUCCAAGAGCCCCCGCCGAAGAGGGGCAUGAAGAGGAAGAAGGUGAAAGCGAACGGCGUCGAGCCGCGGGUGGUGGAACAGAUCAACGGCGACGUCAUGGACAUCGAGCCGAACGGGACUACCCAAGUCACCAACAGCGUGCGCGCGGAAUCCGAGGCCAUGGCAUCAGAAGCUGAAUCCCCCACCAUCGCCGAGAUCCCCCUCUCAACCCUCAGCAUUGGCCAUAGCACCGACGUGCAGACCGAGAAGGUUGCUGAUCUCGCGCCCGACACCGUCUUCAUCCCGAACCUGAAAGACGUGGAGAAAACUGUCCAGCACACAUCGUGGGGUCCCCCGCAGGCGCCAGUACUCUUGACAGCGGGCAAGUCACUUCUCAAUAUCCAUGUCAUCGCCAAGAACGCGGGGAACGAUUCGGCGCCCGCCGUCAAUACCAUGGGCCUGGACCUUCCCAUGAACAACUAUUCUGUCACCGCCAUAUGUUGGAACUCGAGCGACGAGCUGACUGUAUCUGCUCGUGAGCAAUGCGUCAAUGAAACCGGGGAAAGGAUGAUGAUCGACAAGCUCAUCAAGCUCACGGACGGCGGCAACGACUACCAGGUCAUCUCGUCGACCGCCGGCUUGGUCAGCACCCUUCGGUGGAACAAGGACAGGGAGCUGCUGCUGUCCAUAUCCACUGACGGCGAGAAGGGGUCUAUCAAGAUAUGGAAGAACAACAAUGACUCCAUUCCGGCCUGGAUCGACUUCACCGAUACCGCCAUCUUUGACGCCCUCUGGAUCAGUGAAUCCGCUUUUGUCGUAUGCGGCAUCCAGCUAUUCAAGAUCUAUGAGGUCGGUGAACUCUUGACGACGCAGCGAACGCUAGACACUCAUGUCACUUGGGAGACCCUCAAGUUUGAGCCAUCGUCGGGGAUCAUCGCCGCCCUGGGCAUCUCUGACCAAACAAACUUUCUCGGAAUACUGCAUCCAAACGACUCCAUCAACCUGCAAACGCACGAGUACCCGGACCAGUAUCCCACCGACCUCGACUUCCGUCCGGGAAUAAAUGGCAGUAUUUUCAUCGCUUCACCCUUCGGCAACAUCUCUGCGAACCCCGUAUUACUUACGACAUGCUUGAUGUCAGGAGCAGUGCAAGUAUGGGAUGCUAAUCAGCCUUUCAAAUGCCUGAAGAGGCUGCCGACUACCGACGACAGCCAGGCUUUCAAGAUAUCAUUUUCCCCUGAUGGGACAUUACUCGCUGCUGCAGGACCCGAUGCUGUUACGGUGUGGGAUGUCGAGAAGAGAGAUGUACCCAUUGCUAGCUGGCGUGCCAGAGACUGGAGCAAUGACAAGUGGGAUCCGAGCGUGGACGGGGAAUUCAGUUUGGGAUGGGAUCCGGAUGGUUCGAGGCUGUCCAUUGCCCUCGGCAACCAGAUCGCCAUCAUUCCAGUACCCAGGUAG